CAAAGGAAGCGAAAACGUCAUCUUUGUCGAUGCCAACAGCGCGCUGUUGGUGGGAAGCGGCCACCACUGACGUUAGCAGCAGUUGACAGCGGGCGCACGAUCCGCGGACGAGGAUCAGCCGGUCCCGGUGGACGUUUGUUGUGAUAUUUAUUUUGAGCUUUGCCCUCGCCCUAGAGAAGCUGUGGAGCUGCCCGCCGGCCAGGCGACACAAUGCCCGUUUGAACGUGUCGUUCUGUUGUUUCAGCUCUGCAAACACUGCAAACACACAACACAACCGCACGGUGACUGAAAAUACGGGGCCGUCCUGUUGUUUCAGCUCUGCAAACACUGCAAAAACACAACACAACCGUCCGGUGACUGAAAAUACGGGGCGAGUCCAGAGUCGUCGCUACGAUCCUGCCUUUUCUUCGUGCCGGGAGCGGUGAGAGAGCCGCUUUGCAAGUUGGCCUAAUACGAAAACAAUCGCUGCCGCUGCUGCUGCUGCUGCUGCUGCUACAACGAUUGAAGCUGUGCCAAAAACCUUUUGCCCGAACCGCCAACCAAUAAGCGAUGACGUGAAUUUUUUUGCAUAGAUGAUGUGAGUUAUGCCUCUCUUGCCCCCUGUCCGGCCGAUACCGAUCUGGUCCGUCCGUCCGGCCCUGCCCACAGACCACAGCCGGCCCGUUGCGUUGAUGCGCCUGUUGCGGUUUUAUUUUAGAUCUACUCGACGCUAGUAAAAAUAGCCGACCGACACAAUUCGCUGUACGCGCGACGUACGUGGGAGCGCACACACACAUACACAGUGCCAACAAAGUGUCAGCCGCAAAGCGACUGGCCAGCAGAAGCCAUUCAAGCAGCAGCCGUUCGAAAGGACCCCUUUUUCCGGCGAAACGACGUGGCCACGGAUUAGUGCGCUCUAUGUUUGGGGCUCGGUAGCAGCAGUAACACACACAUACACACUGUGGGGAGGACGCGAUGUCGGUGCUGGUGUUCCUGAUUGCAGCCGCCCACUGCGUGUACACGCCGUUCACCAAGGUGGAGGAAAGCUUCAACCUGCAGGCGAUCCACGAUCUGCUCUACCACCGGACGAACCUUACCGAGUACGAUCACCAUGAGUUCCCGGGCGUGGUGCCACGCACCUUUCUGGCCCCGCUGUUCAUCACGCUGCUGGUGACGCCAAUCGCGACGCUGCUCGAGCUGUUCGAGAUCAACAAGUUUUGGAUGCAGUAUGCAGUUCGGUUUGCGCUCGCCGGCACGGUCGUGUUCGCCUGGAGCCGGCUGAAGAAAACGAUCCUGCACCGGUUCGGCGUGACGGUCGGCGUCUGGUUCAUGCUGAUCACCGCCACCCAGUUCCACUUUAUGUUCUACAUGAGCCGCCCGCUGCCGAACAUUAUGGCGCUGCCGCUCGUGCUGCUCGCGAUCGACUACUGGCUGAACCGGUGCGUCAAGCGGUUCGUCGUCUGCUCCGGCGCGGCCAUCAUCAUCUUCCGGGCGGAGCUGGCCAUGCUGCUCGGCCUGUACCUGCUGUACGAUCUGUACUACCAGCGCAUCUCGCUGCCCGCCCUGCUGCGCAUCGCCAUCCCGGCAGGUGUGCUGCUGGUCGCGCUCACCGUCACCGUGGACAGCUACUUCUGGCGCCGCCUCCUGUGGCCGGAGGCGGAGGUGUUCUGGUUCAACACGGUGCAGAACAAGAGCUCCGAGUGGGGCACCUCGCCGUUCCUGUGGUACGUCUACUCCGCGCUGCCGCGCGCGAUGGGCCUCUCGAUCGUGUUCGUACCGCUCGGCCUCUACCUGGAGACGCGCAUCCGGUCGCUGGUGGUGCCGGCGGUCGUGUUCGUGCUGCUGUUCUCCUUCCUGCCCCACAAGGAGCUGCGCUUCAUCAUCUACGUCUUUCCGCUGUUUAACGUGGCGGCAGCCUGCGCGUGCAAUCGACUAUGGUUAAACAGACAGAAAAGUCUGUGGAACAAGUUUCUUUCGUUCGUGUGCAUCGGCCAUCUGUUCGGGAACACGCUGCUGACAAUGUUUCUGCUGCUGGUCGCUGGCACCAACUAUCCCGGCGGAGUGGCCAUCUCUCGCUUCCAUCGACUUGCGGCGGGAGAAAUGAACGUGUCCGUCCACAUCGACAACCUGUCUGCGCAGAGCGGCGUUUCGCGGUUCGCUCAGAUCAACUCCGACUGGACCUACAGCAAGCUCGAGAACCUGCGGCCGGACGAUGAGAUGCUGCACCGGUUCGACUAUCUGCUGACCGAGGCGCAGGACAAAUACUCGGACAAGAUGCGGCUGCUGUCGCAGACGCACGAGAUCGUCGAGUUUGUCGAGUGCUUCAGCAGCAUCGGGCUGCAGUACCGGUCGGUGCUGCCGGUGAAGAUCAAAACCAGACCGUGCAUCUUCAUCAUGCGCCGCCGGUACGAUCUGGCCGGUGACCGGCUGCGGUGGUCGGCGGUGCUGGACGGUAGCGGCGCGGGUACGGCGAUCGAGCCCGAGCCAACCGGUUCCGUGUCGCUACACAGCGAAGAGGAAGAGGAAGAAGAGGAGGAGGAAGAGGAGGAGGAAAACGAUGCAGCUGAAACGAUCGAGAAGGAGCCGCCCGGGCGAGGCAGCAACGGGCAAGACGACGACCCCGAUGCUGCCGAAGUGGAAAGUGCGCAGGAAGAAAAGCGACCGGAAAGGCGGAAGCGAAGCCUGUUCACCAAAGUGCCGCACCGGACGCAUUCGAGAAAGGCGGCCGGCACCGUCCCCCCGCUGCCCAAGCUGCGGCGGGUGGGCGGAAGGUUGCAGCCCUCGCUGCAGGACGCUGACGACGACGAUGACGACGACCGUAGCACCACCAAUCAACCAAGCACAGUAAAAGACGCCGAAACGGAGGAGGUGGAGGAGCAGCAGGACGAUGGUGGCGCGGGAGCCUCCCGACCGGCAGGCGGCAAGCACACCGGCAAGCAGAAGCUGGAGGCGCGCAAGCUGAUCAAGGAGGAGAAGAUGCGCCGGAUGGCGAGCAAGCUUACCCGGGCGAGCUUCAGCGAGGUGUGCAACCUCGACCGGAUGUCGAUGAAGGAGUGCCUCAAGAAGCUGAUCGACGACAGCGGCACGCUGGCGGACGAGCUGGACGACGAGCAAGGGGAAGGCGACGGCGGGCGCUAGCGCUCAGCUGCUACUGUGUGGUGCAGAGUAAAACGAAAAACUCUUUAUUGUUUCAUACAAGUCAAA